ACAUUGGUGUCUAUAGUGAGCGCUGACUUCAAUAUCGAUGACUAUAAAGAUGUGAUAAAUUCACGUAAUUUUACGGGAAAAGUAGUUUUAGUGACCGGCAGUAGUUCGGGAAUCGGUGAGGGUAUCGCCAAACUAUUCUCCAUAUUAGGGGCCAAUGUUGUGGUCACCGGUAAUACAGCCGCCAAAGUACAGAGAGUGGGCAAAGAGAUACAGGAAUUGUCACCAAAGAAACUAAAGCCAUUAGAAGUGGUCGGAGAUCUCACCAAAAGUGAUUUCAUCCACACUUUGGUCGCAGACACUAUCAAAACAUUUGGCAAAAUAGACGUAUUGGUGAACAACGCCGGUAUAUAUCCCGCGACAAACAUCACUCAAUCAGAUGUCAUGCAAGUCUGGGAUCAGGUCUUUGCCAUCGACUUGAGAGCAGUCGUCGAACUGAUCCACGAAUCGGUUCCAUAUCUGGAGGAAACUAAUGGCACUAUCAUUGAUAUCUCGAGUAUCGAUGGCAUCGCACCAAAUGUCUAUGGGUUAGCCUACUCUCCAGCAAAAGCAGCCCUGGAUAUGUUGACUCGAGUACUGGCUCUACAGUUGGGCCCAAAAGGCAUUCGUGUUAACAGUUUGAAGUAA